UCGUGGCCGUAGUCGUCUUUUUUGGAGAAACGUGUUCGUGGCCGUCGUCGUCUGCAGAGAUUCGAAACGAAAGUGAGAGAGCAUCGCAGAGGGAAGAAGGCGGCCCCCUUGGCUGGCUCGAUCGCCGCUGUGUUCACGCGGAGGAAUCAGAUCAGCACCGCGAAAUCCACCAGCGCAGACGAGGCAGCGAGCAGUCCAGGCCUCUAGGGGACCAGGAUGGCGGCGGCCGUGGCGUCGCUGUACAGGCGGGUCCUCCCGUCGCCGCCGGCGGUGGACUUCGCUUCGCCGGAGGGCAAGCGCCUCUUCGCCGAGGCCCUGGCGGCGGGCACCAUGGAGGGCUUCUUCCCCCUGGUCUCCGUCUUCCAGACGCAGUCGGAGCCGGCCUUCUGCGGCCUCGCCUCCCUCGCCGUCGUCCUCAACGCGCUCGCCAUCGACCCGGGCCGCCGCUGGAAGGGGCCCUGGCGCUGGUUCGACGAGUCCAUGCUCGACUGCUGCGAGCCCCUCGACAAGGUCAAGGACCAGGGCAUCACCUUCGGCAAGGUCGCCUGCCUCGCGCACUGCUCCGGCGCCGACGUCCAAUCCUUCCGCGCCAACCGGGUCACCAUCGACGACCUACGGCGGCAUCUCAUCCGAUGCGUCUCCUCCCAGGACUGCCAUCUUAUUGCUUCCUACCACAGGAAGGCUUUCAAACAGACUGGAACUGGGCAUUUCUCCCCAAUCGGUGGCUACCAUGCCGGACAGGAUAUGGCGCUCAUCUUGGAUGUCGCCCGUUUCAAAUAUCCUCCACAUUGGGUUCCAUUGCAACUUCUUUGGGAAGCCAUGAAUACCACUGAUGACUCAACUGGACUUAUCAGAGGGUUCAUGCUUAUAUCAAGACAGACUGCAGCUCCUUCAUCGCUGUACACAGUGAGUUGCAGAGAUGAAAACUGGAAAAGCAUGGCGAAGUAUUGUGUUGAAGAUUUACCAAAUCUUUUGAAGGCAGAGAAUCUAGACAACGUUGCAGCACUUUUGUCCCGUUUAAUUGAGUCUCUUCCAGCUGAUGCUGAAUCUUUGAUCAAAUGGGUUGUAGAAGUUAGGAGAAAAGAGGAAGGUGGACCAAGCUUAAGCAAAGAGGAGAAAGAAAGGCUUUUCUUGAAGGAAAAUGUACUGCAGCAAGUUCGUGAUACCAGGCUAUUUGCCAUAGUCCAUGAUCAACAGAAUGCUAAUAAACCAUGUUGUAAUUGCUCAUCACUGAGCGAAGAAGAUUCCCUUACUAGGAUUGCAGCCGUUGUGUGCUGUCAGGGAGCUGCAAUGCUAUCAGGAAACCUUGUGCCAAGAGAUGCCUUCUGCUGCAAAGAAACAUGUUUGAAAUGUGUCCAAGCGAAUGGUGAUGGGCUCAAGACCGUUAUCUCAGGCUCUGUGGUAUCUGAAGGCAGUGAGCAAGGUGUUGAUAUGCUUUUACCAAUGUCUUCACCUAGUGCCAGUUCAUGCAAUUCAAACUUGAGGAACAAUGUCAUCAAAUAUCCAUCAACCGUGGAUGUUCUAACUGUUCUUCUGCUGGCUUUACAUCCCAACACGUGGUUGGGCAUCAAAGAUGAGAAGCUGAAAGCUGAAUUUCAGACUCUUAUUUCAACUGACAGUCUACCUGAUGAUCUGAAACGAGAGAUAUUGCAUCUAAGGCGGCAACUCUAUUAUCUAAAGGCCUGUAAAGAAGAGGAAUGUGAAGACGCGGAGCCACCAUCGCCUAAGCAGCAAAGCUGAAGUGGCAAUGUGCCCACGUCAUUAAUUUACUUACAAGAAAUUGAUGUCAAGAGAAAAGUUGGCAGAGUCCAGAUAUCAAAUGAGCAGGAUUAUGAUAGUAGUGUAGUGAUGGUAUCUUAUUAUUCAGGUCUGAAAUUUCAAAAAAAAAAAAUCAGGUCUGGUGUUGUUUCCUUCUAAGAGAGGCUAUUAUCCUCCUUGCUCAAGGAGCUCAAGGAGAUGCUAUUAUUCUUUUUUCUGAAUGAUGAUUAAACCAUUUCUCCUUACUUGCUUUUUGAUAAACCUUGUCAUAUUCUCUAUACUCUGAAUAGAUUCCUUGUAUCCUAUCAUUUGUAUCUACGAAUGUACUGUGUGUGAUUAGUUCAUAAGCAAAAUUUCCCUAAAAAUAGAAUUGUUGUGACUAAUGUAUCAGUAA